AAAGGCUAAACGAUCUCACUCUAGAUAAAAAACAAGUGAUCACCAAAAACCGAUAUUUUUCUUUUAUUUUCUUCUCUUCUGCCUUAUGCUACUUGGUAUAAAAUGAUAGUAAUUGGGUUUACCAUGUAGCAAGAGAGGAAGCAUAGUUGAGAUAAGAAUCUGCAGAAAAAUGAGGAUUGGAGAAAUCUUUGCUCAACUAGGAUCCAUUCUUGCCGCGUUCAUGUUCAUGAAAGCAAUUAUUGAACAAUAUUUCCCUCACCAUCUCAGAAGCUCUGUUGAGAAACAUUCUCAAAAGCUGUUAACUUUCCUGUCUCCUUAUGUCCAAAUCACGUUCAAUGAGUUCACUGGCGAGCGUCUGUUCCGCAGCGAAGCUUAUUCCGCCAUAGAAACCUACCUGAGCUCCAAUUCCUCCGCCCAGGCAAGUCGGCUCAAGGCGGAUGUGGUGAAAAACAGCAGCCAGGCGGUGUCUUUGAGCAUGGAUGACAACGAAGAAGUGGCUGAUGAGUUUUCAGGAGUCAAAGUCUGGUGGGCUUCUGGUAAAAACAUUUCCAAGACUCAGACUUUCUCUUUCCAUCCAGUUAAUGAUGAGAAGAGGUUUUACAAUCUGAGGUUCCAUAAGAAACACAGGAAAUUCAUCACUGAGACUUACAUUAACCAUGUCCUGAAGGAGGGGAAGUCAAUAGAGGUCAGAAACCGACAGCGGAAGCUCUACACCAACAGUGGAUCCUCCUGGAGCCACGUCCCGUUUGAGCAUCCUGCGACGUUUCAAACGUUAGCAAUGGAGCCUGAGAAGAAAAGGGACAUUGUGGAUGAUCUGUUAGCGUUCAGCAAGGCCAAAGACUUCUAUGCAGGGAUCGGGAGGGCCUGGAAAAGAGGAUAUCUUCUCUAUGGUCCCCCUGGAACUGGUAAAUCCACUAUGAUUGCUGCAAUGGCUAAUCUGUUGGGGUAUGAUCUUUAUGAUCUUGAAUUAACAGCAGUGAAAGAUAACACUGAAUUGAAAAAACUGCUGAUCGGGACAUCUGGUAAGGCAAUCAUCGUUAUUGAGGAUAUUGAUUGCUCGGCUGACCUGACAGGGCAAAGGACCAAGAGAAGGGAGAAGAAAGAGCUGGAAGAGGAUGACCCUUUGCGCAGAAUGGCAAGAGAAGCAACUGAGUCCAAGACCAGCAACAUCACACUGUCAGGGCUUCUGAAUUUCAUAGACGGGCUGUGGUCGGCUUGUGGGGCGGAAAGAAUUAUCGUUUUCACUACUAACUAUGUGGAAAAUUUGGACCCUGCAUUGAUUCGGAGAGGUCGUAUGGACAAGCACAUAGAGCUUUCGUAUUGCAGCUUUGAGGGUUUUAAGGUGUUGGCAAAGAAUUAUCUUGGUUUGGAAUGGCACCAUUUGUUUCCAAGGAUUGAGAGUUUGUUAGGGGGAAUCAAGAUUACUCCUGCUGAUGUUGCUGAGAGUCUGAUGCCAAAAACUGUACCUGGAAAUGCAGAAAUUUGCUUGGAAAAUCUGAUUUUAGCUCUCGAGGAAGCUGGAGCAAAAGCAAGCCUCAAAAAUGUAGCAGCAGUUGGAUGAGAAGAUUCAUCUGAUGCGAAAGCAUUAGAGGAAGAUACAACAAACUGUCCAGAUUAUGACAACUUGGUCCUGAAAAUUGCUUCCUGUAUCACGGUUUUGCGAGUUCUUUAUAGGAAGAACUGGCAAAUUCGUUCUCUGAUUUGUUGAUAAAAGAACAUUUCUCAAUGUACUUGCAUUUCAAGGCCAAAAGAAAAUCUUAAGGCCAAUUUGUUCUUUAA